CAUAUUUAGCAGCCAAAUGUAAUGGUGUGUUACCCAAUGCAUCUUUAGAAUGAUUUAUUAUAUCUGGGAUAUUUUCAGGACUGGCAUUUGCCAAUAUUUCUGCUAAAAGCUCUGUGUUGUUACGACGACUCGCGUCCAGUAUUUGUUCCUUGAACGAUGCUCCUUCUUCUGACAUUUCCCAACUCUUUUGAAUUGCUCUGUAAUCUGCUGCGAUCUUAUCGUUAAACAAGUUUCUGAACAAGUUUCCAAAUCGAAAUCCCAAUUUGACCAAAAUCCAAAUCCACAAUACGCGGUGCUGCGCAUACCGUGUUUUCGCGACUGUUUUUUCGCGCCUGUUAUUUUUUUUGUUGUUUUUUGACUGGUGCUUUUUCUCUGAAGAAGUAACGUGUAACAAGAAGCGUUGAUACUAUUCAGAAACUGUUCCAAGGGCUUAGAAUGGACAGGGCUAUUUUAGACGUGAUCCACAGGAUCCAACUGCCCGAUAAUGCUACCAGACAGAGAGCCGAAGAAGAAUUGAGCCAACUAGUCACAUCAGACCCAUCUCAAGCUGCUAUUGUCUUGAUCAAUAUUGCCAAAACUUCAGAUGCCCAUAUCGCAAUCAGACAAAGCGCCCUAUUAAACUUGAAGAGAAUCGUCCCAUUAUUUUGGAGUGCUGGGUUUGACUCUUUUAGAGGUCCAGCUAUCAAUCAAGAUUCCAAAAUUCAUAUACGAUCAGAUUUGUUGAAUCUAAUCACAGGUGAUCCAGAUAGUAAAAUUAGAAGUGGUGGUGCUUAUGCUGUUGUUCAAAUCGCUGCCGUGGAUUAUCCAGAUGAGUGGCCUGACUUGCUAGAUAUUUUGUACACUAAGAUGACUUCAUUGGAUCCAAUAGCUGUUUUGGGUGGUUUGUCAUUGUUACAAGACCUGUUUGACGACUUGGUUACUGAGGAACAAUUCUUUGAAGGUGGUGUUGGUAUUGCAACUAUUACACAGUGCUUGAAAUUAUUGAGUUCAGACCAAGUUGCAGAUAAUAUUAAAGCUGCUGCUGCAAACUUGUACAAAUCUUGUUUAUUACAAUUACAAAGUCCAGAUGUUUUGGAGAGUCCUCAGAAAAGAGCAGGCUUGGAGCAACAUUUCAAAGAAAUUGUGACCUUGUUGACUGUCAUUCUACAAAAGCAUUCACUAAAUAUUCAUAGUAUCAUUCUAAGAACCACUUUAUACUCAAUUGCAUAUACCUUGAAUACUGAAUUCCCAGAAAAAUUAUUUGAAAACAAUGCAAAGAUUGCUUUACAACAACAAGUUGCCAAUGAUAUCAUUUCCACUUCAAAAGUAUUUGUGGAGCUAGUUGUUUUGGAAAAUGAAGAUACUUAUACCAAUAAUAAUGAUUUAGAUAUCUCCACAAGUACAUCCUUAAACAAUUUGUUAAUUGAACAGUUUCAAUUUUUAGGUUCUUUGAACAAGUUGAAAAUAACACAAAGCCCUAUUGAAUAUUUUUUGGAUUCAGUGCUAGUUUCAUGUUUUAUUCCUUUAGAAGCUGAAUCAGAAUGGUUGGGUGAUUAUAAUGUCUUUGUUACUGACGAAACCGGUGUUUCUCCAGAUUUUGUCGCAAGGAAUGCGGUAUUUGAAUACUUGUCAGAACUCAAUAAAGAGGAUGCAAACUCUAUCUUCAAUUGGUGUGUUAAAAAAUUACUACAAUUUGAUGGAAGUGAUGAUUGGAGAAGCAAAGAAGCGUUACUUUAUGCACUUGGUGGGUUGUUACAAAACGAUGUUCAUUUACACACGGAUAUCUCACUGGUUGAAAUUUUGAAUUCGAUUGCCUCACUAUUGCAAGACAAGGAAGUUUUGGUAAGAGCUCGUGCCAUCUUGAUAAUUCCAGAAUUUUUAGAGAAAUUCAAAGAUUCCUUGAGUUCUACGGAUUUCGGUAUAAAAUCAAUGAUGGAAUCCCUGAGAAUUGCAUCAAAUGAUGAAUCACCAGUUUUGAAAGCUGCUUUUUUGGUUUCAUUAACCUACUAUAAUUCAAUCUUGGAAUUUCAAGGUGUACCAAAAGAAUCACAAGAAAUUAUUUUUAGAAUAUGUGAAGCACUAUUGGAAGACGCUGAAGAAGAUACACCUUCUCUAUUAGCUGAGACAUUAACAUUGGCGCUGAAGAUUAAUCGUACUUCCAUCAGAGCACUGAACUUGUUGUUCCAAAUUGCUUCAAGAGACCCUGGUAAUAUUCAACUAGUUAUAGAUAUAGAAGAAGCAUUAGAAGCAUUAUUGGCUGAUGUUGAUCUUCAGACCUACUUGUCUUAUGCUCAAACAUCCCUUCCAGGUUUAUUGGCAACUUUAGAAUCAUCAAACUAUGAAUUUUCUGCUCAGCUAAGUCUUGCCAUCCAAAUUUUAAACAUUUUCAUUUAUAAUUGCCCUCAAAGUUUACCUCAAUCGUUGUUCAAUAUCAUCAAUCCUGUAUUGGCUAAACUACUACUACAGGCUACUGAUGAUCAACUAUUACAAUUAGGUGGUGAUGCUUAUACUUCAUUAGUUAAAGUUUCAGAAGCAGAUUUCUUUGAUGUUGGUGUUGUUUUAGAAAUUUUGAGUAAAUUCUUGGAUCCAAAUUUAUCAGACAGUGCAGCCAUGAAUGUUGGUUCAUUAGUUGUCUCUGCUAUCACCAAAUUUAGUGCAAAUUUGGAAAGUAUCCUACCUCAAAUCUUGGAAGCUACAACAAGAAGGUUGAUUGCUGCUAAAGAAUUAUCUACAGUGGAAGACUUGUUAUCAGUCUUGUGUUAUAUGGUAUCUAUUGAUGUUGAUCAAACAAUAAAUUUCUUGCAAAAUUUUGAAAUCCAAACUAUUUUCAACAUUUGGUUUAAAAACUUUGAAACGUUAAGAGGUUUAAAGAUUAAGGAGAAUUGUGAAGCACUAGCAAAGAUAUAUUUGGCCAAUAAGUCAUUUGAGUUCACAGUGGAUGGUGAUGAAUAUGUUGAUUUGAAAUCUGAUAUCAUUAUAACGAGAUCAAUGAGACGCAAACAAGAGUUUCAACAAGUUUCUGUCUCAUUCAAGAUUAUUAAAUGUUUGGUUUUUGAAUUGAAUUCACAAGCUCAACACAGAGAUAUUGGUGAAGCUACUGAUUAUGCACAUGAUGACCAUGACCACGACCACGACCAUAUUGAACAAGAUGAUGGGGAUGAAGGUUGGGAAGAUCUUGAUGACAUUGGAGAUAAUUUUGAAAAAUUUCAAUCCUAUAUUGAUGAUGAUAGAGAUCAUGGAGAUGCAGAUGACGAUUUGAAAGAAUUUUUAAUAAAUUUCUUCAAGACAGUUGCAUCUCAAAAUAUCCAAAAUUUUAAAGAGAUCUACAAUAAUUUAAGAGAUGAGGAAAAACAAGUAUUAACUGAGAAUGUUGUUUAA